CUAACAAAAAGCCUAAGCAUAACUUCAGUUGACCAAUCAAUGUUUGAAAAAGCACAAGGAGAGAAAGUUACAUUGCCAUGUACUUUUGUACUCUCAGAAGAAGAUGAAGGCCCGCUAGAUAUUGAGUGGGUAUUAAUACCAACAGAUAAUCAAAAGAAGGAACAAAUAAUAAUUAUGUAUGCUGUCGACAGGAUUUAUAAUCACUAUUAUGCUGCUAUGACUGGGCGGAUGCAGUUUACUAAUCCUGAUCCCAGAUCUGGUGAUGGUUCAUUGGAUAUCCUGAAUUUAAAGUCAGCAGAUACUGGCACAUACCAGUGCAAAGUGAAGAAGGCUCCUGGAGUUCAAAGCCAGAAAAUACAGUUGACUGUACUAGUAAAGCCAGCAAGAACUAAAUGUUCCAUUGAAGGACCACAGGAGAUUGGAAGAGACAUUAUCUUGAAAUGUGCAUCACAAGAAGGGUCCCCACUUUUGUCUUAUGACUGGAGAAGAGUGUCUGGCACACAGGAACUUCCUGCCACUUCCACGCUGAAUAAAAAUACAGGGGAGCUUCUCUUGAAAAAUGCCUCUCAAGACUAUUCUGGUGCAUACAGUUGUGUUGCCUCCAACAGAGUUGGCACGGAUGAAUGUUCUAUUGAGCUGAAUGUCACACCUCCUAUAAAUACAGCUGGAAUAAUUGCUGGAGCUAUUAUAGGAACUCUGCUGGGUCUUUCUGUACUCAUUUUUCUCGUCUUCUGUUGCUGUAAGAAACAUAGAGAGAAGAAAUAUGAGAAAGAAGUACAUCAUGAGAUAAGAGAAGAUGUUCCUCCUCCAAAUAGUCGCAGUUCAACAGCCCGCAGCUACAUAGGCAGCAAUCGUUCUUCUCUGGGUUCAAUGUCUCCUUCAAAUAUGGAAGGAUAUACCAAAACUCCAUAUAGCCAAGUCCCAAGCGAAGACUUUGAACGUCCUUCUGGUCAAAACCCAGCCUUUGCACCUUCAAAGGUAGCUGCACCUAAUUUAAGUAGAAUGGGAGCUGUUCCUGUGAUGAUUCCAGCACAAAGCAAAGAUGGGUCCAUAGUAUAA